AUGGCUUCACCAAGUGGGAUGCCACCUGAUGAAAGGAAAAAACAGUACUCUGCAAUGCGUAGGGCCAUUGUCAAGACCUGUGAACCAGCACUUCUGGCCAAAUUCCAGUUGGCAAGCGAUGGGGAGAGGUGGUCAAUGCUCAAGCAGUGGCUGCUGAAUGACGGCAAAACAGAUUCCAUUACGGUGGAGGAGAAAUUCACCAAGUUUGUGGAGCAACUACGGACAGAUCGGUACGUGACUGUUACAAAGCUCCAACUUCAGAAAAUGUACGGCAAGAGCAAGGAGAGCAAGGCUUUCAUAGCCGAAUUGAUUAAAGGCCAGGCAGGGACACCUCACCCGCAAGCACCCAACCUUGAGUCAGCGCGGAUGUACAAGGUGCUGCGUGAGAUCGCAGAGUGCACCAGCACCGGCUCUCGGAGUGACCAUGCACUCUCGACAGGUGGUAGGGUGCGGGAUGAGCAAAUGAAAGCAAUGAUUUCGAAGCAGUUGGGUGUCGCUUUGGGUAACCUAGAAGAGCAAGGAUUGGUGGACCUAAAGACAGGCCGUAUUGCAGGGAAGAAAGCAAAGAAGCAAAAGACACCUGAACAACUAGCUCUAGGUGAAGUCAGAACACUUGGGAACAAGUUCAAGCGGUUGAUCAAUGACAUUCCAUCGUGCAUCAACGAGAUCACAUCGCAUGAUGUCAGGAACUCUGAGGAGCUGGUCCGGGUUCUUCGUGGUCAUGAACCAGAUCUGGAGUCGCGUCACGUUGUGGUCUUGGAAAAGCUUGAGACACCAGUUUCAGCAAUCGAUGCUGAUACGUUUAUGGCGUUUGUUGAAGACCAGAAGCCUUUUUUGACCAUGGUCGAAACAGACGUCCGUGAUGCUAAGCGCCGAGUGGCAAAUGCCAAAGGGCCCAAAAAGCGCCGCCAAGCAGCUUGA